CUCGCGUUUAGCCUCGAAACCCGAAACGCUUUCAGUGGGGUCCAAAUAGGAAUCUCGAGCGGUUUAAUUAAUGAUAUUGAUGUUCCGACACCGUACCCCAGUAUUAAUGACGUGCAACAUCGACUCCUGUCCACCCCAACUCCGAAUCCGGAGGGCUAUUUGUGCGGCUUGGUGUACUUCGGGGUUAGGGAGUUCGAACUUAUUUAUUACAACAAUUCGCACUCGGAUCGAUCUUCGACCGCAGCUACCGACACACCAGUGACCUGUCUGAUAUCCGGUUUUUCACAUGGACCGGCUCCGUUGGCAUGGUUCGGGUUGACUCGUGCGCUUCUAUUACGUCCGACCGAGGGCCGAAUUACCGGUGCGACACGGCUCAGUCUAUUGUUGAGCUCAAUCGAGAUGGCUGUGAACACAUUGCGUUGUCCCAUACCCAUCAUUGUACAGUAUGCCGGAACUGAUCUGUACCAUGGUGUGGCUGCUAUUCCACCACCGGGAUCGGGAAAGGACUCGCACGAGGAGCAGGAGGAGGAAGAGGAUCACACCAAACAAGCCUAUCGAACUUCCAUGCUGGUCGGUGCUCUAAAUGUCGACCUGUCAACAGCACGCUUGUCGCCUGAUAUUCCUUGGCCAUGUAUGCAUUUGGCCGGUCUAAGGGAGAUGUUUCUGGAAAAGCUGGGUUAUCCAUGGAAUAAAACCGUCCCCAGUCCAGAUGUGAAUAUUUCGGUUCGAUUUGUCUACCAACUUCCUUUUUGGCCGAAACUUGAGAUCAUUUUAGGUUUGCUGCCGUCCGUCUUCAUUGAGUUCAGCUACGUUUACAUGCAGCAUUUGAUUGCCUUGUAA